AUGUCAAAGAGGAUGGAUGGAUUGCAACUUGCAGCAGUGAGCACAACCAACCAACCAUCAAUGGUGUGGGGACAUCAGGAGGAAAGUUGUGAGGAGCUGCAGCCUGAACAAUUGUCCAAGCAAGCAGUGACUGAGAGGCCAACCAAUGCAUUGCCAAGUGACACCAUUUUCAACCCGAAGGAAGAAUGCAAAGCCAUCCAAUUAAGGAGUGGAAGAACCUUGGUAAAUAACAAAAAGCCAGCCGAAAAAGAAGCCACCAAGAAGCCAAUAGAGGACGACAAGGCUAGCAGCAGCAAAGAGCAGGUGACAAUUGAAGAAAAAAACCAAGAAAGGCUCAAGGAGAAAGAGGAACCUCAAGCUUCAAUGAAGCGGAAGCAAAUCAUGGAGGAACAAUCACAAGAACAGAGGAAGAUAGUGAAGACCUACACUCCUCCUUUGCCAUACCCUCAAAGAUUGCAGAAGGAGAUCAAAGACCAACAGUUCCCUAAGUUCCUAGAGGUGUUUAAGAAGCUGGAGAUCAAUAUUCCACUUGUUGAAGCUCUAGAACAAAUGCCUCUAUAUGUAAAAUUUCUCAAAGAGCUUAUCAGCAAGAAGAGGAGCUGGAAUGAGAGAGAGAUAGUGAUCCUAACCCAGGAAUGCAGUGCAUUGAUCCAAGAAGGCAUUCCACCAAAGUUCAAAGACCCUGGGAGUUUCUACUUGCCUUGUACCAUUGGUAACACAGUCAUUGACAAGGCACUGUGUGAUUUGGGCUCCAGUAUUAACCUCAUGCCUCUAUCUAUGAUGAGAAGGCUAUCUAUAGAAGAAGUGAAGCCUACACAGAUGUCAUUGGAGCUAGUGGAUAGAUCUCUGGUAAUUCCUGAGGGGGUGAUUGAAAAUCUCUUGGUUAGAGUGGAGAAAUUCAUAUUUCCUGCAGAUUUUAUAAUCCUGGACUUAGGAGAAGAGGAGAAUGACUCUUUGAUAUUAGGAAGACCUUUCCUGGCCACAACAAGGGCCAUUAUUGAUGUAGAACAAGGAGAAUUGAAUCUGAGGGUAAAUGAUGAGAAGAUAAAUUUGAAUGUCUUCCAAGAAGUACAUCAUACUGUUAAGGAGAAAAGCUGCAUGAGGGUUGAAGAAGAAGAUUUACCGUGGAAGGAAAAACCCAAUGAAGAGUUCAUCAGCUCAUCUGCAAAGCAAGAGAUGAAGAGUGGAGAAGAGAAAGAGGGUAAGGAACAUGUGAAGGCUGAGAAGAGAAGGUAG